GCGCGCGACCCGACACCAUGCUGGCGCCGGCGCUGGUCGUCCUCACGCUCACCACCGCGCGUGCCUUUAAGAUCACCAGCUUCCACGUACCUCCAUACGUGCCUCCAGACCAAACCUCCGUCGACAUCGAGUGCCGCUACGACGCCAACUUCACAAUCCUCAACUGGUUCAAAGGCUCCACCGAGUUCUUCCGCUACAAACCCACGUCGACACCCAGCACGCGAUCUUUCCCCAUCCUCGGCGUCGGCACCAUCGAUCUGAUCUCCUGCGGGCCCACCGAGUGCCGGCUCCGACUCGGCCAGCUCACUGAGGAAGCUUCAGGCCUCUACAGAUGCGACCUGGAACUCGACAAACCGCCCUACAAGUUCGAAUCCAAGACUGGAUACAUGAAGGUGGUCAGCCGUCAGCACCGACAACCGGUCGUCGAGGGUCUCUCUGACGAGUACGGGGAAGAUGAAGAGAUUCAAGCCUACUGUCGCGCGGAAAACAACGCUCAAGUACGAUGGUACCUGAAUGGGAAGGAAGCUUUGGAACUGCGGGGAAACCGUACCUUGAAACUGGGCAGCAAGCAGAUAAAUUCCCUCAUCGCUCAACCAACAGUGACAGUGCAGUGUGCCGAAUAUAUUGACGGCAAGUUGAUAGGUUCAAAAGAUGCUCAAGCUAAGUGGAAAAAAACUCUCAAAACAUUGACCUACGAAGAUCAGGCUUGUUCUAUGGAAAAUAGCUCUAACGCCAUCAAUUCUAAAUUAUUAUGUUUAUUGUCUGCGUGUGUUUUAUGUUUACAUGGUUGAUUUUAUAAAUUAUUCUUUAAGUUAUUUUAAAAGAAGAUAGCUAUUUAAAAUUGCAUAAAAUAUAAAUUUUGAUUUAUAACCAAAGAUUGAAUAAAACGUUCCUAGUAGUGAAAGCAAAGGGA